GGAUGGCCGUGACGUCAUCGCGCCGCGACUAUCAGGGAAAGUAACGUGUUUUACUGCGCGCCUAGUCGGCGGGAAAAGUUCUUCUCUCAGCUGAGGACUCAGGCGCUGCUAUAAGCAGAGUUGGGUUUGCUGUGGAGAGUAACUUAACAUAUACAUCCAGAUGAACGUAUUGAUAGAAGUAUGGCUUUUCUACCAAAUAAAGUUCCUCAGUGGAUGACUGAACAGAACAAAGUGGAUUCUGUGGUGGACAAAAAGCAGAAGAAUUCAACCCAUCGGAGCAUUCUGGAGCACAGCCUUCCGUUCUUAGAAUUUCAUGGCUCUGUCGUUUAUAGCUAUAAUGCUAGUGAUUGUUCCUUACUCGCAGAAGAUAUCAUUACAAUGUUGCCUGAUGGAGCUGUGUUAGGAUUUGACAUUGAAUGGUCACCAGUCUAUAACAAAGGAAAGGAAGGAAAAGUUGCCUUAAUCCAGCUGUGCGAGUCAGAAGAAAAGUGCUAUCUGUUUCACAUCUCUUCAAUGUCAAGCUUUCCAGGGGGACUGAAAAAGUUGCUUGAAGAUAACCAUAUCAAAAAAGCUGGGGUUGGUAUUGAAGGGGAUAAAUGGAAGCUUAUGCGUGACUUUGAAAUCAGAUUGGGAGACCUUGUGGAUCUGGCUGACCUUGCCAAUGAAAAGCUAAAAUGUAAGGAAAUAUGGAGUCUGAAUGACCUUGUAAAGCAUCUAUUCCACAAACAGCUUCUGAAAGACAAAUUGGUCCGCUGUGGUAACUGGGAACAAUUUCCACUUACUGAAGAGCAAAAGCUAUAUGCAGCUACUGAUGCUUAUGCGGGCUUCCUUAUUUAUAAAAAACUGGUGACCAUGAAUAAUGAUAAGGAGUUACAAAUUAGCAUAGAAAGAGAUAGGACAUCAUUGUCAAGUGAAAUAAAGAAGAAAUUGGCAAGUAUGUCAGAGGAGAUGGUAGAUUUGGCUGAUAAUUUGCCUUGCACUUUUGAACAAUCUACAAAUAUUCAAAGAGUUUCGGAAAUAUUGGCUGGUAUGUCAGAAAACAUCAAGGCCUUAAGAAGAGCAUUGCUUGUUGAGUCUACCUGCCAGAUGGAGCUGGGAGAUGUUGCAGAUCCAGGAAAAAUGAGUGAUAAAGAAGAAAAAUUAGAAAGAUCUGAAUUGACUCCCAAGCUCAUAUGGGACUCAAAUGACCAUAUAGAUAAUCUUGUUGAUCUCGAAAAUGACAUCCUGGUAGAAGGUGAGGAAGAACUUAAUAAGAAAAAGCAAGAAGAGACUAAAACAGCUGAAGAGCAUGGCUACUUAAUGUCACUAGCCAUAACAGAAUAUGAACUUCAAAUGCUGGAACGUCAAGCUGAGGAAGAGAUGCUGAAUGAGGCUGCUUGUACGUCUGAGGUUUUAAGCUUCACAGAGAAUGAAGAGACUGCCCUCUGCGCCAUUGAAAGUGAUGAUGAAUUGGAAAUGGAGAUGGUUAAAUCUUUAGAAAACAUAGACAAGUAUGACAUGGAUUUUGCAAAUUCCCACCUGGAUAAAUUAAAAGAGCAAAAUGACAUUAUUGUAGAUUACGACGAGGAAGAUGAAGGAAUUGAGGAAGAAGAAGAAUGUUGGGAUUCCAGCUUUCCUGGACCCAACUCCAAACAAAUUGCUUGCUUAAAGAUGUAUUUUGGACAUUCAAGUUUUAAGCCGGUCCAGUGGAAAGUGAUAUCUUCAGUUUUGCAAGACAGAAGAGACAAUCUUGUUGUUAUGGCAACUGGAUAUGGAAAAAGUUUGUGCUUUCAGUAUCCACCUGUAUACACUGGAGGUACUGGGAUAGUAAUCUCUCCCCUUAUUUCUUUGAUGGAGGACCAAAUACUGCAACUUGAGAUGUCAGGAAUUCAAGCUUGCCUACUUGGAUCAGCACAGUCAAAAAACGUCAGAGGGAAAAUCAAAUUGGGCCACUAUAGAGUUGUCUAUCUAACCCCAGAAUUCUGUUCGGGGAAUUUGUCAUGGUUGAAGGAACUUGACCAAACAAUUGGUAUCACAUUGAUAGCUGUUGAUGAAGCUCACUGUAUUUCUGAAUGGGGACAUGAUUUCAGGAAUUCUUUUAGGUCUUUGGGGUUGUUAAAGAAAACGCUUCCUAAUGUUCCUAUUGUUGCCUUAACCGCAACAGCAAGCCCUUCCAUCAGAAAGGACAUAGUAGACUGUCUAAACCUAAAGAAUUCUCAGAUCACAUGUACUAGUUUUGACCGGCCUAAUCUAUACUUGGAAGUUGGACGAAAAACUGGAAAUAUUAUCCGAGACUUAAAGCAGUUCCUCAUUAAAAAAGAUAUGACCACUUAUGAAUUUGAAGGCCCCACUAUUGUUUAUUGCCCAUCAAGGAAGAUCACUGAACAAGUAGCUACAGAACUGGUAAAAUUAAACCUUGUUUGCGGUACAUACCAUGCUGGCAUGGGAAUCAAGGAAAGGAGAGACAUUCAUCAUAGGUUCAUGAGAGAUGAAAUUCAGUGUAUAGUAGCUACUGUAGCCUUUGGAAUGGGCAUCAAUAAAGCAGAUAUUCGAACCGUUGUUCAUUAUGGAGCUCCAAAGGAAAUGGAAUCAUACUAUCAGGAAAUUGGAAGGGCUGGUCGAGAUGGGCUUCCUGCCUCUUGCCAUGUGUUAUGGACCCCGGCUGACUUGAGUUUCAAUAGACACCUACUUAGUGUGAUACGCAAUGAGAGGUUUCGUCUAUACAAACUGAAGAUGAUGGCAAAAAUUGAGAAAUACCUCAACUUGAACAGCUGCAGGCGGAAAAUCAUCUUGUCUCAUUUUGAAGACAAACAACUCCGAAAGGCCUCAUCGGGCAUCAUGGGAACAGAAAAAUGUUGCGAUAAUUGCAGAUCCAGGCACAUUCAAAGGAUUUGUGUGGCUGAAAAGGAAGACAGUUUUGAAGAUUUUGGUCAGCAAGCUUACAAACUGAUGUCUGCAAUAUGUGCCUUAAAUGAGAGAUUUGGCAUGGGUGUCCCAGUAUUGUUUCUCAGAGGCUCUAAUUCUCAACGUCUCCCAGACAGAUACCGUACUCAUGCACUCUUUGGCAGUGGUAAGGACUGGCCAGAGAAUUCAUGGAAGGCAUUGGGUCGAUCUCUUGUCUUGGAGGGCUUUCUUAAAGAAGUUUCUGGUAGAAAUAAAUUUUCUACGAUAUGCACGCUUACUGCAAAGGGUAAAGACUGGCUUUGUAGAGUUAAAGAAGAUUCGGGCCCAAAACUUCUGCUUCAGUCGGAUGAGGACUUGUGUUUAAGGAAACCAAGCUAUAAGCAAACAUCUUCAGACAGAGGAAAUUUCUGUAAUGCACCAUUGCCCAAGCCAGUGCCAGAAAAGAAGACAUCUUUGCAUGAAAUGUUCUCCUAUCGAGCAGAAAGUAAUACUUCCAGAGGAAAUACUCUCCCAAAUAAAAGCAUUUCCACAAUGCAGUUGCCACUACUUGCACCUGUGAGCCCUACGGUGUCUACUAUAUCUCUAAGAGAGAAAGAAUUGCAGACAGUGCUGUAUGGGAAAUUAGUGGCAGCCAGGCAGAAAUUAGCCAAUGAGAAGGACAUUCCUCCAGCUGUGCUAGCAACAAAUAAAGUUCUGGUUGAUAUGACCAUGAUAAGACCUACCACUAUAGAAUCUAUUAAGAGAGUUGAUGGUGUUUCUGAAGCAAAAUCUGCCAUGUUACAGCCUCUUCUUACAGUGAUCAAGGAAUUCUGUCAAACAAAUAACUUGCAGACAGACAUCUUCAAGACUUCUGGAUCCAGAGAUCAACCAUAUAUAAUCAUUCAGAAGGGUGGUGGUUGCAGUGCUUUGACAGAAUCAGAACACAUAACUUACACACAGUUUCAAGAAAAAGAUAUGUCGUUGAGGAGUAUAAGUGAGAGUCGGUCUUUACCUCUUACAGUAGUUGGCACACAUUUAUCCCAAGCUUUGAAAGCUGGCUACCCAGUCAAUUUAGAACGUGCUGGUCUGACUCCUGAGAUACAAGACAUGAUCACUAAAAUCAUCCAAACUCCUCCCAUCAACUCAGAUGUGACACAAAUGAAAGCCAUUAGAACAUUAGUCCCAGCACAUGUUGAAAUGUAUCUUAUAAGAAUGACAAUGGCACUGCUGGAGAAACAGCAUAGAUAUCAGCAGCUCAACCAGCAGCAAGAUUCAGAGAAGCAAAUAUCACCUCAAGACUCUGGAUGUCUACAGUCAAGUAGAGAAUCAUUACAGAAGAAGGAGGAAAAAAUUCAGUGGAUCGAAUCUAAGGCCAAAAGCAGUGGUGAAGAGGGGUCCCUUGGCACCAGACAGGAUAUGCAGAGCUCACAGAGUUCCAUCAAAUUGGCCUCAUGCAAUCAGCCUUCUCUCAGUGCUGAGGAAGAAGAUCUCUUUACCGAUUCCCAGACACAGAUCUUAAAUCAGCCUUCAAAGAGGAAGUUACCAGAGUGGUUUGGAACUUCUAAGGGAGUUGUUCCGGGUGUUAAUACUUCCAAGAAAUCCAAAGGAGGAGGAAGCAAAGGUCUUUUUGGCUGAGCUUGGAGAUCUAGUAAAAACAUUUUGAUGCAAAAUACAUGGGUUGAAGAUUUGAGUUCAUCCACCUACUUCAUUGGAUGAGUUCUACAUUCAUUCCUCUAUUUCAAAAUAGUACCAGAAGAAAAACCUUGUUUGUUUCCACAAAAAACUAGAUAAGCCCAUAAAAGCCUCUCAUCAGUGGCUUUUUUUUCCGUAUAAGGGACUUAUCAAGCUUCAAAGCCUGAGUCCAAGAAAAACAAGAGAAGAAAAAGAAUAAUAGAUUAUAGUGCUUACUACUUUAAAUGUGUACACUGAAUAUUGGUGUGUUGAAUAGUUUCUAUUUAAAUUUGCCAACAUAGAGCAAAGACUGUCGCAAUAUAUGUUGAAAAACAACUGAAGUCUGAAGAAUGCAGAUGUGCUAUUUGCCUUUCUCAGAAUGACAGCCACAUAAAGUGGACAAUCCCACAUCCUUUAUUUGUGUUCCUAUAUGUAUGUAUGUAUGUAUAAAGGAAAAUGUUUUCAUAUGAAAAUAUGAGUCCACAGCAGGUUAUUGUGGCAUAUAACUAAAGUAUUAUCACAUUUAUUACUACUGCUAACAAAUUGUUUUUCUUACUUUCAACUAAAGGUUGGCACUUUCUUAUAAUAAAUCUUGUUUAAUAGUUA